GCUCGAGAAACGAACCAGUGAGUUCCAACGUUCUAGCAGAUUCUCUGCAUACAGGCCCUCUUGCCGGCCGAAACUGGCAAUCUUUUUUGCGCGGUACGUGUGGUACCGUUCGUCUUUGGUCGAGGUGGCAGCAUGGGGGAGAAGACUUUCCAGAUCAUGGGUGCCCUCUCCUGCGUGGUGAUGGCAGCCUCGGCAGCAGUCUUCUGCCUGCCGAUGCACAGGCUCUCCUUCUUCACUGGCGGUUUCAUUCGCGCCGCGCGCAUCGAGACGCAUCUCUUGACGGUGGAGUUCCAGGAGGACGGCAGCGGCUUCUGCAAGGCGAUCAAUUACUUGCGCCCCGGCACGUGCUCCGACGGCAGCUUCAGCCUGGAGGAGGUCCAGCAGAGGUUCUGCGCCCCUGUGGUCGCCACGGCCUACCCGCAGGGCUGCCACGGCUUCCAGAACGCGUUCCGUCUCGGCAUCGGGCUCGCCGUCUCCCUGGUGCUCAACACAGUCGGCCUGGUGUGCGUCCUCUUCGCCCUCCACAGCUACAUCUACGGGCAGAGCCACAAGCGGUCCUACCGCAGCCUGGCGCUGAUCGCGCUCGUGGUCUCUACCCUGCAGCUGGGCGCUGCCGUGAGCAUGUACGGCCUCUUCGUCUUCAGGCACCUGGACGAGAUGAAGGCCAGAGGCGCCAGCGGCAUGGUCACCAAGUUUGUCUUCGCGGCGAGCGAGGGCAUCGGGGCUUCCUUUGGCUUCUUCGCGUGCGCCAGCAUCAUCUUCUUGCAGCUGUUCAUGCUCGCGAUCUGGCAGUACACCAAGACCUCGCAGGAGCAGAGCGACGAGGAGAUCAGGGAGAAGAAGCUGUUCGCCGCCGGGUUGGAGGCCCACGCGGGCUACGGCGGUGUCCCGGCCGCGGCGCCGCCGGCGCAGCCCUGGCCGCAGGCCGAGCAGGUCCUCUACGUCCCCGGCGGCGCCGCGCCGCAGCAGUGGGAUCAGCCGCCCACCGGCUUCGGAGGCGCCGCCGGCGCGGGGCCGGCCCAGGCAUGGCCCCAGGCCGGCGGCCCCGCGCCGCAGCAGUGGGACCAGCCUGCCGGGCUGCUGGCCCCGAGCACUUACGAGAGCCAGCCCCUGGAGAUGCGGCGGGGGCAGACCUACAUGCCCGACGUCCCGCCGAGCAACGCGGUGUGAGCCCAGGGCCCUUCCCCGGCGGUCCCCGGCGCGCGGCCGCGGCGGGAGGGAGUCCUUGCUCCUGCUGCUCUUGCUCCGCCGUCCUCCUGCUGGUCGCCGCCCUCACUGCUCCCCCUCCUCGUCACAGUGUCCUGUUCAUCGGAGACG